UUUUACUAUAUAACCUUCUUUCUCUUUCCAUUGCCAUAAAGUUUCUCAUCUUCUGGAAAGAGAAAAAGAAGGGAGGGAGGGAAGAGUGAAGAUCUGAAUCAAUUCAGUUUGAGAAUUCACAAAAGAAGAAAACAUCAACAACAACAACAACACAGAUAGAUAGAUAGAGAGAGAGAGUGUGUGUGUUGUGUGGUGUUUGUGAUAUGGGUGGGGUAACUUCAUCCAUGGCAGCGAAAUUCGCGUUCUUCCCACCAAACCCACCAUCGUACAAGCUUGUCACUGACGAACUCACUGGCCUUCUUCUCCUCACUCCUUUCCCUCACCGCGAGAACGUUGAAAUUCUCAAGCUUCCAACACGCCGUGGCACUGAGAUUGUGGCACUCUACAUUCGGCACCCAAUGGCCACUUCCACAGUGCUCUACUCUCAUGGAAACGCUGCUGAUCUAGGCCAGAUGUAUGAGCUCUUCAUCGAGCUCAGCAUCCACUUGCGCGUUAACCUCAUGGGGUAUGACUAUUCUGGGUACGGGCAGUCAUCAGGGAAGCCAAGUGAGCAGAAUACAUAUUCAGAUAUUGAGGCUGCAUACAAGUGUCUAGAAGAAAGUUAUGGUACCAAGCAGGAAGAUAUAAUCCUUUAUGGACAAUCUGUUGGCAGUGGCCCAACUUUGGAUCUUGCAGCUAGGUUGCCUCAAUUAAGAGGUGUUGUUCUGCACAGUCCCAUACUAUCUGGCUUAAGGGUCAUGUAUCCAGUGAAGCGUACAUACUGGUUUGACAUAUACAAGAAUAUUGACAAAAUUCCACUAGUUAAUUGUCCAGUUCUCAUAAUUCAUGGUACUUCAGAUGAAGUUGUAGAUUGCUCCCAUGGUAAGCAACUCUGGGAACUGUGUAAAGAGAAGUAUGAACCACUGUGGCUAAAAGGAGGUAACCACUGUGAUUUGGAGCUCUUUCCUGAGUACAUCAGGCAUCUGAAGAAGUUUGUAUCAACGGUUGAGAAAUCUCCAUCACAACGAUACAGUUUCCGAAGGAGCACAGACCAGUUUGAGCAGCCUCGAAAGAGUACAGAUAUUUUUGAAGUAAGUAGAAAGAGCACUGAUCGUAGAGAAAAACCAAGGAAGAGCACAGACAGGCCAGAAAAGCUGAAAAGUUUGCCUAAUAAUGCUGAUAUGUUAGAGAAAUUGAGAAUGUCUUUUGAUCAUAAGGAAAGGUCUCGGAGAAGUGUGGAUUGUCAUGAGAAGUCUCGAAAAAGCAUUGAUCAUCAACUAGAAAAAGCAAGGAAGAGUGUUGACAGGCUUGACAGAAUAAGGACUGGUUAAUUCUUCUUAUAAUCAAAUUAUAUUCAUGCAAGGGUUGGUUUUCUGGGGCUAUUUCUUUUUUCUUUUUUAAAUUGGUCUAUGGUUUUUGGAGUAUGGCUUAUGUCAGAUAUGAUAACUAUUAGCAUUGAAGAAAGAGUUUGGUGUUACAGUGGGAUUCACUUUUCAUUCA